AAGAAAACGUCUUUCCCGAUAUGUCAGUGUAUCUUUAGAUAAAGCAUUUGUUUAUUUUUUAAAAACUCAUUUUGUAUGUUUCAAUGGAAAAUUUACUAAGAAAUGUGUUGCUGAGUCGGAAAAUAAUAACAACAGUAAAAAUAUGCCGUAGAAAUUUACUUAAACAUUCUAUAAAUCAUGUUUUAGGAAAAAAGGUAUUAGACCGAUACAUGCGGUUACCUUUACCCUGUAAUAAGGUUUUGGCCACAUACGUUUGGAUUGAUGGCUCUGGAAUCAACAUGCGUUCGAAAGACAGAGUUAUGAACUGUGCUCCUUAUUCCCCAGAACAGGCUCCCUUAUGGACAUUUGAUGGCAGUUCAACCGGACAAGCUAAGGCGAAUAAUUCAGACACGACCUUAAAGCCUGUGGCAGUUUACAGAGAUCCAUUUCGAUGCGACCCUCACGUAUUGGUGUUAUGUGAGGUGUACUAUGGCGAUGGAACACCAGCUGCGACAAAUCAUAGAAAAUUUUGUAAUGAUUUGUGUGUUUAUCAUGCAGCACACGAACCAUGGUUCGGCUUAGAACAAGAGUAUACUAUGCUUGAUGUAGACGGGUGGGGUCUGGGUUGGCCUAAGGGGGGCGGUUUCCCUGCUGUAAAAUAUCAGUAUUCAUAUUGUGGCGUAGGAGCAAAGUACGUUGCGGGAAGAGACAUAGUUGAAGCUCACACGAAAGCCUGUUUGUAUGCUGGACUAGAUUUUGAAGGAACCAAUGCAGAAGUUAUGUUCGGUUGCUGGGAGUGGCAAAUUGGUACUUCAGUAGGUAUAAAAGCUCCCGAUGAUUUGUGGAUGUCGCGCUAUAUCAUGGCCAGAGUUGCGGAAGAUCACGGUGUUGAUAUAACAUAUCAUCCUAAGCCUAUGGGGCAGUUACAUCCUGGCGUUGGUUUGCACCACAAUAUGAGCACUAAAGGUAUGCGUUCUGAUGGUGGAUUCAAGAUUAUUGAAGAAUCUUUAAAGAAAUUGGAGACUAACCAUAUGAAGCACAUCAAACAGUAUGGUAACGAUGAAGCUACCAACAGACAACGUUUAACAGGUAAAUUUGAAACGGCAUCGUUCGAUAAGUUCUCGUGGGGAUUUGCUGACAGAAAAGCAUCAAUUCGGUUGCAAAGAAAUACAAAAGAAAAGGGGAAAGGUUUUAUAGAGGAUAGAAGGCCUGCUGGUGAUUGUGAUCCGUAUUUGGUUUGUGGGCUACUCCUGGAGACGUGCUUAGGCCCAGCUGGAACGAAAAAGGCAGGAAAACCUGUAUGCCCACCAACUAAAUAAAUUACUCUUUUAACAUCUGAGAUGAAUAAGCACACAAUUCAGAAAUUUAAAGUAAAUUCUCAUUAACUUUAUCACGACUUAACGUCAAAUUUGUUAAUUACAAUAAUAAUAAUGUUAACAUAAAAGUUAAUAGUUCAGCCUUUUAUAAAAAAAUUGUUAACAUUUAUAUUGUUUAAUUUUAUAAAUAAAACAAGUUUCUUCGAAAAAACUACGUAUUUACAAAAACACACACAGUUCUAAUAUUAAUAGUUACAUAAAUUGGAUGCUUUGUCUAUGUCGUUAUCAUUAAAAUUGCACCAAAUUUAGCA